AUGGCUGCGACUUCGGCCGGGCAGACCGGCCCAGAAAGUGCACUACAAAAGCUUGCUCGCCGACCAUUCACUGUCUCGCUCCUCUCGCUCGCCGCUUCCCCUUCCUCGACUUCAUCAGCUGCACCGCUUCACUCUCGACACCUCAAGCGGAUCCACCUCGCGCCGGAGAUCCUCAAGGCAGUCAAGAUCUGUGCCGGAGAUGCGAUCGUCAUACGCAAGAUGGGAACCCAGGCGAACGGGCUGGAGGAGGGGAUGAAGCAGCUCGAGCUGGACGAGUCCAGUACAGGUCCAGUGGCAGGACCGCGAGGAGCAGGGUUUGCUGUCGGUGUUGCCUGGCCAAACUUCACCAUGUCCGGCACUUCUGUCUUUGUCUCGCCUCUGCUUCUCGCGAACGCCGGCUUGUCCGUCGGCGACACCGUUUCCGUCUCGACGAUCGGCACUUCAGGCGUCGAGGUCCUCGAGGCGGACAAGAUGACGCUGAUCUACGAUUCGAAGGGCAAGCCAGGCAAGGACAGCUUCUUUGAGGCGUACGUGAAAGAGGUUCUCGUCGACGUCAAGUUCGUCGCGCAGCAUCACUUCGUCGAGGUCACCUACAACGGCAUCCUACGACGACUGCUCAUCAUGUCGGCAACCGGCAAUGUCGUCUCUCCCCCCGACGCAGCUCCUCCCUCUUCCGACUCUCCCGCUCGCGAACAGGUCUUCGUCAUCUCUCGAACGACGCACGUUUCUUUCCGACCACCCGGGUCGCCCGCUUCGUCUUCUGCAAAGUCCCGCACUCCGGCUUCGACUGCACGAGGAGGCGCAGCGGGAUCUGCCGCCUCGCCUUCACGAGGCGACUUGCCGGGUUACGAGCAGAUUGGCGGUCUCGAGAACCAGAUCGAGCUGAUCAGGGAGAUGGUGGAGUGGCCGUUGACGCGACCAGAGCUGUAUACCCACUUCGGCCUUCGACCACCCCGCGGUAUCCUUCUCUACGGCCCUCCCGGCACCGGCAAAACCCUUCUCGCUUUCUCCAUCGCCCGCUCGACCGGCUCGACUCUCCUCACGAUCAACGGCCCCUCCCUGUCUUCCGCCUACCACGGCGAGACCGAAGCGCGACUACGGGAGGUCUUCACCGAGGCGAAGCAGAAGAGCCCCGCCAUCAUCGUCAUUGACGAAGUCGAUGCACUGGCACCGAAUCGGGAGGAAGGCGGAGAGGUGGAGCGAAGGGUUGUUGCGACGCUGCUGACUUUGAUGGACGGCCUAGAGGACAAGGCGGAACCGAAGAGGCGUGGCGAAGAGGACGAAGAGGACGAAGAGGACGAGGAAGACACUGGGGAGGAGAAGGAAGCGCCACGAAUCGUCGUCAUCGCCGCGACGAACCGACCGAACGCCAUCGACCCUGCGUUGCGACGACCAGGCCGCUUCGACAAGGAAAUUGAGAUCGGCGUGCCCGACGCCGCUGCGCGACUUUCCAUCCUCAAGGUACUGCUGAAGCGGACACCACAUGCCAUUCCUGACGACACACUCCAGUCCAUCGCCGCCCGAACACACGGCUUCGUCGGUGCCGACCUGUCUUCCCUCGUUCAUUCCGCCGGACUCUCCGCCAUCAAGCGGUCAUACUCGCUUCUCUCUUCCUCCUCCGCACCCUCGCUUUCGUCCAUGCAAGUUCUCCCGUCCGACCUCGACGCCGCUCUUCUCUCGACUCGACCGUCCGCGAUGCGCGAAGUCUUCCUCGAGACACCCAAGGUCUACUUCAGCGACAUCGGAGGGCAAGAGAACGUCAAGGCGAAGCUCAAGGAGAGUGUCGAAUGGCCUCUCUUGCACCCCGAGGCGUUCAAGCGGCUUGGCGUUAACCCUCCUCGCGGCGUUCUCUUGUACGGCCCGCCCGGUUGUAGCAAGACGCUCAUUGCGAAAGCUCUCGCGACCGAAGGAGGCCUCAACUUUAUCGCAGUCAAGGGACCGGAGGUCUUCAACAAGUAUGUUGGCGAGUCGGAGCGGGCGAUCAGGGAGAUCUUCCGCAAGGCGCGAGCUGCGGCGCCUUCCAUCGUCUUCUUGGACGAGAUCGACGCGCUUGCGCCGGCACGAGGCUCGGACGAGAGUAGCGGACCGACAGGCGACCGCGUCCUGAUGAGCCUCUUGACGGAGAUGGAUGGAAUCGAGGAGCUCAAUGGCGUCGUCGUCCUCGCCGCGACCAACAGGCCCGACGUGAUCGACCCCGCUUUGAUGCGUCCUGGCCGCCUCGACCGCAUUCUCUACGUCUCACCACCGGAUCUCGAGGCGCGCAAGCAGAUCUUCCGGCUCAACUUUACCAAGAUGGCCGUCAAUGAGGAUGUCAGUGUAGACGAGCUGGCUGAGUUGACGGAUGGCUGCUCUGGCGCCGAGUGCGCGUCAAUCUGCCAAGACGCCGCCCUGUCCGCCAUGAACGAGGACAUGAACGCGCCGAAUGUUCGACGAGAGCACUUCGUUACGGCCGCAAAGACGGUCCGACGACGGAUCACGCCGGAAGUCAUCCAGGAGUACGAGGAGUGGCGGGAUCGAAGCGGUGUUCGCAGCGCGUAA